AUGGCGUCCGUUCAUGCCCCGGCAGAUUCUUCUGCAUCACUUUCGGUCUCUCCAGCCACAGAUGAACCCGAACAAAACCAAGAGGAUAGCGACAAUGUGGAGCGUGAAUUUGAGCGCGAAGCGUUUGGUCCUCAGCCCGGAGACAAGGCGUGGGAUCCGUACGAGAUUCACAUUGCGCCAGACGACCCAGACCACCCCUUUUCGUGGUCAAGGCUGUAUAGAUGGUAUCUUACGAUGCUAGCAGGUGUCGUGUUGCUCAAUGCAACGUUCGCGAGUUCCGCACCAACAGGGAUCGUUCCACAACUGAUGGAGCACUUUAGCUUCGGUGGAGAAGUAGCGACAUUGACGAUCUCUCUCUUCGUUGCCGGCUAUUGUGUAGGUCCGCUCUUGUGGGGACCGCUAUCGGAACAGUUUGGCCGGCGAUACGUCUUCAUUGGCACCUUCAUUGUCUACACGGGCUUCCAAGUUGGCGCAGCUCUUUCGCCCAAUACCGCGUCGAUUCUCAUAUUCCGCUUCCUUGGUGGGACUUUUGCGGCGGCUCCACUGUCGAAUAGCGGUGCCUUGAUAUCAGAUAUCUGGGACGCAGGCACUCGUGGAGAGGCACUCGCCUUCUUCACUCUCGCGCCUUUCGCGGGCCCGACACUUGGCCCCAUCGUUUCCGGCUUCAUGGCGACGGCUGGCGUUGACUGGCGAUGGGUAUUUUGGGUCCUGACCUUCUUCGCUGGUGCAUGCUUGAUUUUGAUCGUCCUUACGCUGCCGGAGACUUUCCUACCUAUCAUCAUGGUGCGCCGAGCCCAGAAGAUGCGCAAAGAGACGGGUGACGAUAGGUAUUUCGCGCCAUACGAACGCCAGAAGCUUGGCUUCUCGCAGCAUGUCAAGCGUGUGUUAGCGCGGCCCUUCCUUAUACUCUUCAAAGAACCAAUGCUGCUUGCUAUUACCGUGUACAUGAGUUUCGUGUACGGCUGCAUCUACAUCCUCUUCGAGGCGUACCCGAUCGUAUAUACCGAAGGCCAUAACUUCAACGAGGGCAUUUCCGGGCUCAUGUUCCUCCCCGUCUUCAUUGGCGGCUGCGCAGGCGUGUUCUCCUACCUCCUGAUCUUCAACCCGCGCUAUGUCAAGGCGCAGGCCCGCUACGCACCCGAACCCGUCCCGCCCGAAUUCCGACUCGAGAUCUGCAUGCUCGCCGCGCCGCUCUUCGCCAUCUCGUUUUUCUGGUUCGCCUGGACCUCGUACCCGAGCAUCUCCUUCUGGGCGCCGCUCAUCUCGGGCUUCCCGCUCGGAUGGAGCAUCGUGUGGAUCUUCCUCGCGCUCUUCAACUACAUGAUCGACGCGUAUCUCUUCGUCGCCGCGUCCGCGCUCGCCGCGAACACCGUCGCGCGGUCAUGCUUCGGCGCGGGCUUCCCGCUGUUCGCGACGCAGAUGUACAACAAGCUCGACCCGCGCUGGGCGUCGACGCUGCUCGGCUGCAUCGCGGUGCUCCUCGGGCCGAUCCCCUUCGUGCUGUACAAGCUCGGGCCCGCGAUCCGGCGCCGCUCGAAGUACGCGCCGACGAAGCCGCCGGUGGAGCAGAAGAACGUCGAGAAGGAGGUGGACCCGACGAACAACGCAUAA